CCUCUUUUUGUGGAUAGCCCCAAACCUGUAUUCCCUUCUCAGCCCUCACAAGCGAUGCUUCUGCUACCCCUCUAAUUCCCAAUCUUCCUCUCCUCUCCUUACCCUUCUUCUUCUAAUUCCGAUUUAUUCCACUUCCCCGCCAAUUUUUCUCAAACUCUUUUCAAAUUUCUCUUCCUUCUCCUUCAAUUCACAAAAACCCUUCGAUCCGCUCUGAACCCUCGCCCCAGUACCCUUACGAGCAUUACCCAUCUCCCUUUUAUGUUUUUCCAGAUCCUAAGGCCAUGGUUUCGCACCCUUUUGGGAAAAGGUGAAAGCUUUCAGUGUAGAGACCCGACACAAUUUAGUUGAUUGUAGCUGUCUAACUGUACAUUUGUUGUGUACUUGAGGUGGCGUAUUCGAAGAAAGGAUAGAAAAGUGAAAACAAGGAGAAAUAAUUGGAUCUUGCAACAGUGUCUCAUCCAUAAAGCCAUUAUUUAAGCUGAACAGCGGUUCUUCUUGUUGUUGGCUUGUCGCUAUAUAUAAUGAUUUUAUAUCUUUGAUGGCCAACCAUGAUUUGAUACUCGGUCAAAGUCACAAUUUAGCACUUGGUCAUGAUCAGCAAUUGGUGCUGGGCCAUGACCAUAAUUUGGGCCUCAGCCAGAACCAUGAAUUGGAAAUGGGAUCAGCCCAUGAGCACCAUUUAGAUCUGGGACAAACCCAUGAUCAUGAACUAGGCUUGGGGCAUGCCCAUGAUGAAUUGGGAUUAGAACAGAACCAUGAACAUGAAGGUGAUGAUGGUCACACUUACGAGCAUGAGCAUGAGCAUGAGCUAGCCAUGGAUCAAAAGCCCGAACAUGAUGACCACGACUUGCCCCUUCCUGGACAAAAUCAUGAUUUAGUCCUAUCAGAGAACAAUGAUUUGACUGUUUCAGAGAACCAAGAUCUUGAUGAGAACACGGCCCUGUCUGUGGUUCAGAACUCAGACAUGGGAAUUGAUUCUGCAAAUGAUAUGGAUGUUCAACAUCCACAGCUUGUGGCUGUUUCUACACCCCCUAUAAUUCAGGCUCGUACUGCAAGUCCUAGUUAUGAAUUGUCAGUGGGGCAAGAAUUCCCUGAUGUCAAGAGUUGCCGAAGGGCUUUGAGGGAUACAGCAAUUGCUCUGCACUUUGAGAUGCAGACUAUAAAAUCUGACAAGACCCGCUUUACUGCUAAAUGUGCUAGUGAAGGAUGUCCCUGGCGCAUUCAUGCAGCUAAGCUCCCAGGGGUUCCAACUUUUACUAUUAGGACAAUCCACGAGAAUCAUACAUGUGGAGGAAUUUCUCAUCUUGGCCAUCAGCAAGCUUCAGUUCAGUGGGUCGCUAACUCUGUGGAGCAAAGGCUGAAGGAGAACCCUAAUUGCAAGCCAAAGGAAAUAUUGGAAGAAAUUCAUAGGGUUCAUGGUAUCACCUUAUCGUACAAACAAGCAUGGAGAGGCAAGGAGCGUAUCAUGGCUGCAAUGCGUGGAUCUUUUGAAGAAGGUUAUCGCUUGCUUCCACAAUACUGUGAACAGGUGAAACGCACUAAUCCAGGCAGUAUUGCAUCUGUUUAUGGAAAUCAAGCUGAUGGUUGUUUCCAACGUCUCUUCAUCUCCUUUCAAGCAUCUAUAUAUGGCUUUUUAAAUGCUUUCCGGCCACUAUUGGGGCUUGACAGAACAUAUUUAAAGAGCAAGUAUCUUGGAACAUUGCUUCUUGCUACUGGAUUUGAUGGUGAUGGGGCUCUCUUUCCUCUGGCAUUUGGAGUUGUUGAUGAGGAGAAUGAUGAUAAUUGGAUGUGGUUUCUGUCUGAACUUCAUAACCUGCUUGAGAUUCACACUGAAAACAUGCUAAGGCUUACUAUUUUGUCUGAUAGACAGAAGGGAAUUGUGGAUGGAGUGGAAGCAAGUUUUCCCACUGCUUUCCAUGGAUUUUGUAUGCAACACUUGAGUGACAGCUUCCGUAAGGAAUUUAAUAACACCAUGCUUGUCAAUCUUCUAUGGGAAGCUGCUAAUGCUCUUACUGUAAUUGAAUUUGAAGCAAAGAUUUUGGAGAUUGAAGAGAUAUCACAAGAUGCUGCAUAUUGGAUUCGAAGAAUUCCACCUCGCCUCUGGGCCACUGCUUAUUUUGAGGGGCAUAGGUUUGGUCAUUUGACAGCCAACAUAGUUGAAUCUUUAAACACUUGGAUAUUGGAGGCAUCUGGACUUCCAAUAAUUCAAAUGAUGGAGUGCAUUAGAAGGCAGCUAAUGACUUGGUUUAAUGAGCGCCGGGAGACCAGUAUGCAGUGGACAUCGAUACUCGUACCAUCUGCCGAGAGACGUGUAGCCGAGGCUCUUGAUCGUGCACGCACAUAUCAGGUUCUUCGUGCCAAUGAUGCUGAGUUUGAAGUGAUAUCUCACGAAGGAACAAAUAUAGUUGAUAUCAGGAACCGUUGCUGUCUUUGCCGUGGCUGGCAGCUCUAUGGUUUGCCCUGUGCACAUGCUGUGGCAGCACUUCUCUCCUGCAGGCAGAAUGUUCAUAGAUUCACAGAAAGCUGUUUCACUGUUGCAACUUAUCGCAAGACGUACUCACAAACCAUACACCCAAUUCCUGAUAAAUCUCUCUGGAAGGAGUUGUCUGAGGGGGAUGCCAACGCUAGCAAAGCUACAGAAGUUGUUAUCAAUCCACCCAAAUCACUCAGGCCACCUGGGAGACCAAGAAAGAAGAGAGUUCGUGCAGAAGACCGUGGACGCGUUAAGCGAGUGGUGCAUUGUAGUCGUUGCAAUCAAACAGGCCACUUUAGAACCACAUGUGCAGCUCCCAUCUAAGUUGCUGAAUUAAUAAAUUGGACAACCUUUAGUUAUGUUAUGUUCUCUUUAUUAUUUAUUUAGGCUUGAUAGCUUAGACUGGCGAGUAAAUGAUCUCUGUUAUUUACUUUACAUUAAUGUGAAUUAAUUCGUACAGAUGCUCUAUGUGUAUAUCCUUCAGUAAUUGGCAUUGUUCUUCAAUAACGCAUAUAGUAAUUGCAUAAUUUUUGUUCUUA